AUGGCUGAAGUACCUACCAUCCGCAUCGGCUAUGUGCCCGAGCACUAUCUCACUCCUCUCCACCUCGCUCUCCGGUCCCCAGCCGUCGCCUCCCUUCCGUUCAAGAUUGUCACAACUCCCUUUCCGUCUGGAACAGGCCAUAUGAUCACAUCGCUGCGAAGUCAUGAGAUUGAUAUUGCUAUUGGUCUGACCGAGGGCUGGGUUGCUGGUUUGACGGGAAAGACACAGCCCCAGAGCCCCGCGGAGGGAGGAUACAAGGUUGUCGGCCACUGGGUCGAUAACCCGCUGCGCUGGGCCAUUGUCACGGGUCGCAAUCGCAGGGACCUCAAUGGUGUGCCGGAUUUGAAGGGCAAGAGAGUCGGUGUCAGUCGCCCUGGAAGUGGCUCCCAUAUCAUGUCUUUUGUGCUAGCUCAGCAGCAAGGCUGGGAGUCUGACUCCCUCACAAGCGUUGUUCUCGGCCCCUUCGGUGCUCUGCGAAAUGGAGUCACAGGCCAAGACGAGGCACAGCUUGACCAAGCUCCCAAGCCAACAGCUGAGUUCUUCAUGUGGGAACAUUUUACAACCAAGCCUUAUUUCCACCCAACCAGCGAGAAGCCUGACCCACCGCUGAAGAACAUUGGUGAAAUCUUCACUCCCUGGCCCUCGUGGAUGAUCGUGGCGUCGACAGCAACGUUCCCCAACCCAGAAAAGGACGCGCGUCUGCAGAGCCUCUUCCAAGCCCUGGACCGGGGUAUCAAGGAAUUUGAGGCUGACACUGCUCAGGUGGUCAAGCUGCUGGGAACGGGCGAGCUAGGCUGCAACUAUAUCGAGGAGGAUGCCAUCGAGUGGUUGAAGGAUGUGAAGUUUACUGAUGGCACCCGUGGUGUCGAUGCUAAGGUAAUUGAGGGUGUCGUUGAUAUCCUCAAGGUUGCGGGUGUCAUUGACACCCGUAUGAGCAAUAGUGAGGCUAUCCAGCGUGUCAUUGGGAUUCCGCGGUAA